UGUACGGAUAUUGACGAAGUAUUUUUGACCAUAGCAAAAUAAAACGACACUCGAAAGUCACCAAGUAAAUAGUACGCUUCAUUAUUUUACAAAAUCUCCAAGUAUUUUGAAUUAAACUUGUUACAUUUACCACAAAUUACAAGAGUCCAAGAUGUCUUCAAGAAAAACAGCAGGUCGUCGUGCAACCACAAAAAAACGUGCCCAACGCGCCACUUCCAAUGUCUUUGCCAUGUUUGAUCAGGCACAAAUAGCUGAAUUUAAGGAGGCAUUUAACAUGAUCGACCAAAAUCGCGAUGGAUUUAUCGAGAAAGAAGACUUGCACGAUAUGCUCGCAUCCCUCGGAAAAAAUCCCACGGAUGAGUACUUGGAACAAAUGAUGAACGAGGCACCGGGUCCCAUCAACUUUACCAUGUUUUUGACCUUAUUCGGUGAGAGACUUCAAGGAACCGAUCCCGAGGAUGUCAUUAAAAACGCCUUUGGAUGUUUCGAUGAAGAGAAUUUGGGCAUCAUUUCGGAAGAUAGAUUGCGUGAGCUUUUGACCACUAUGGGAGACCGUUUUACCGAUGAAGAUGUUGAUGAAAUGUUCCGCGAAGCUCCAAUCAAGAAUUCCCUCUUUGAUUACAUCGAAUUUACACGUAUUUUGAAGCAUGGUGCCAAGGAUAAAGAUGAACAAUAAAGAGGCGAGCCGGCAUCGUGCAACAGUAUUUUUUUAUUUAAUCAUUCUUUUUUUCACAAAUUAGCAUUUAAUUAAACAAUUAUGUUUUCUAAACCUAAAAUUAACAUUCUAUAAGAAGAACAUCUAAUUUCGAAGAGAUUUCAUUUCCACUAAACCUAAAUAAAAGACUUUGGACGCUGUCAAAUAAAUAAAAAGUAUUUCCCUUUUGUAAUGUUUAAAAUUGUUACAUUAAAAAAUUUUUGUAUGAAUAAUAAUGUUGACAAAUAAAACUAUUGAUUCG